AUCAGCGGCUGUGGGGAGGCGGGUCUAGGUGAUGACUGUAAUGUGAUAGCUGCUCCGCUCUAACGUUAUUACAUACACAUGCUGCCUGCCUGCCUGCCUGCCUGCCUGCCUGCCUGCCUGCCUGCCCGCCUGCCCGCCUGCCUGCGCUCUGGCUGCUGGAAGACCGAGCCUUCACAAAAAACUCCAGCCAGAAUACUCCGAGUAGAGCAGAGAGAAGGAGCUGUGUGUCUGGACAGCGGAGAGACAACGGAGUGGAUACUGCUAGAUUAUACAGCACUGGGUAAUAACGGCAAUACGGACCGAUUUUUACGUACGAGCCAAGGACAGUUGGACUAUUUCCUUUAGAUUUGUGUUUUUUUUGUUUGUUAGUUUUUGUGCGGGGGAGUUUUUUUGGGGGGGGACAAAGUAAAUGCGCCGGAGGGAGAAAGUCAAAGGAAAUACAAAAUAAAUAUCUUCUCUGGUUUUUGGAGGCAACCAAAACACUUCAGAUAUCAGCCAGCGAAAGCAUCAAUUCUGUGGACUAAAAACCGCUACGGACUUCGGAAUGAAUUCAUACACAUUUUUUAUUUUAUUUUAACAGGUCCUUUAUUUCUUUGUAAUAGAAUAUUAUCUGGAUGAAAUUGAUAUUUUUAUUUUUAUUUUUUUGCCGUGAUUCUGAACGCCGCAGUGGCCAGAAUGGUUUUGAAUCUUCUAAAUUAAAAAAAAAAGAAUAUUAUUGAUUUGAAAUAAGAAGAAAGAAAAGAAGUGUUAAGCGGCUGGGGAUUGAUAUCUCCGUUGUGUUGAACAGAGAACCGCAGACAGACGUCUUCCCGGUGGAGACGCGUGUUACGGGUGAGCGGAGAAAAACAGUUUUACACGAGGAAGAAGACUUUCACGGCGAGUUCUUCUCUCCCGGAUUGGGAAGGGUGAAACUUCACCUCCGAAAAUGGAUAUAUUACCGUGGCUCUGUGGAUGUUUACUGGCGGUUUGUUUACCACAAAUAGUUAUCGGUGAAGAAGGUGAGGCUUGUGGCGGACAUUUUGACGCCAGCAACGCCGGGUACAUCACCACCCCAGGCUACCCUCUGGAGUACCCGCCUCAUCAGAACUGUCGCUGGGUCAUCACCGCUCCAGAACCUUCCCAGCGCAUCGUCCUCAACUUCAACCCACACUUUGAACUGGAGAAACUAGACUGCAGAUAUGACUUCAUAGAGAUUCGAGAUGGGAACAGUGAGAACGGAGACCUGUUGGGUAAACACUGCAGUAACAUCGCCCCACCAGCCAUCAUCUCCUCCGGCCCCGUGCUCCACAUCAAGUUUGUCUCCGACUACGCUCACCAGGGAGCUGGUUUUUCACUGCGCUACGAGAUCUUCAAGACUGGUUCAGACUGCUCCCGUAACUUCACCAGUCAGAAUGGGAUCAUUGAGUCUCCGGGUUUCCCAGAUAAAUACCCUCAUAACCUGGAGUGUUCCUUUAUUAUCAUCGUGCCCCCGGCCAUGGACGUGACCCUGAACUUCCUGACCUUUGACCUGGAGAACGACCCCCUCCCCGGGGGAGAGGGAGACUGCAAGUACGACUGGUUGGAGGUCUGGGACGGUCUGCCACAGGUGGGGCCUCUGAUAGGUCGUUACUGUGGAACUAAGAUCCCUCCAGAGAUCACGUCAUCUACAGGUAUCCUGUCUCUGUCCUUCCACACGGACAUGGCCGUGGCCAAAGAUGGCUUCUCUGCUCGCUACAACAUGACACACAAAGAAGUCAGCGACACCUUCCAUUGCAGUAACGCGUUAGGUCUGGAGUCAGGGAAGAUCUCUGACGACCAAAUCACCGCCUCCUCUUCCUUCUAUGACAACACGUGGUUGCCAUGGCAGGCCCGCCUUAACAACGGCAACAACGCGUGGACGCCCAACGAGGACAGCAGCAAGGAGUACAUCCAGGUGGAUCUCCAUGUCCUGAAGGUGUUGACGGGUAUCUCUACCCAGGGAGCGGUGUCCAAGGAGACCCAGAAGUCCUACUACGUCACCACCUUUAAGCUGGAGGUCAGCACCAACGGAGAGGACUGGAUGGUCUACAGAUUCGGCAAGAAUCACAAGGUAUUCAAUGCCAACACAGACUCUACUGAGGUGGUUCUGAACCGGAUCCCCCAGCCAGUACUGGCCCGCUUCGUACGCAUCAGACCCCAGGCCUGGAAGACAGGCAUCGCCCUGCGCUUCGAGCUCUACGGGUGCCAGAUCACUGACGCUCCGUGUUCUGAGAUGCAGGGGAUGCUGUCGGGCCUGCUGCCCGACUCCCAGAUCACAGCGUCCUCCAUGAGGGAUAUCCAUGGCUCCAUGGGGACAGCCAGGCUGGUAGCCAGCAGGUCGGGAUGGUUCCCCAGCCCAACACAGCCUCUGGCCGGGGAGGAGUGGCUCCAGGUGGACUUGGGGGUCCCUAAGACAGUGCGAGGUGUCAUCACCCAGGGGGCGAGGAGCGUGGAAGGGAGUACCUCAGCUGAGAACAGGGCCUUCGUCAGGAAGUACCGCGUGUCUCACAGCCUGACGGGCAAAGACUGGACGUUCAUACUGGACAGCAAGACCAACCAUCCUAAGAUCUUCGAGGGCAACACACACUACGACACCCCAGAGAUCCGUCGGUUCGAGGAGAUACCGGCUCAGUUCAUCAGGAUCUACCCAGAGAGGUGGUCUCCUGUUGGGAUAGGGAUGAGGUUGGAGGUCCUGGGAUGUGAACUGCCAGAAAUGACUACUCUUCCUGACACUGCCACAACCACCCUGCCCAGACUAGAGGAGACCACCGCUGCCCUGAGAGGACCAGGCACUACCGUGUGGUCUCUGGGCGGUCUGUGUGACUUUGAGUCCAGCCUGUGUGGCUGGAUCCUAGACAGCGUGUCAGAGCUGAGAUGGUCUCUCCACAGCGGCAGCCUCUCGUCUGGUCGAACACCUAGUCUGGAUCUACCUCUCUCUCUGCCCAAAGACGACGUGGGUAACUUCCUCCACAUCGAGGCCAGCCCCAGGACAGAGAGACAACGAGCCCGUCUGGUGAGCCCCGCGGUGGGGCCUGAGAAAGGCCCGAUGUGCCUGCUCUUCAACUACCAGCUCCAGGGGCCCGAGAACCAGGGCCAAGGGUCCCUCAGGAUCCUCCUCAGAGACAACGACCGGGAAGAGACUCUGCUCUGGGCCCUCAGAGGAGACCAGGGGCCCGUGUGGAAGGAGGGUCGUACCAUCCUGCCCCAGUCACCCAAAGAGUACCAGGUGGUGAUUGAGGGCUUCUUUGAACACAGCAAUAGAGGACACAUCUGGAUAGACAACAUCCACAUCAGCUCUAGUACUGAGCUGGAACAGUGUACACAACCCUUCGCUGCAUUCCCUCCUGACAUGACUGACCGGAGACCUAUUGACUCUGGAAACAAGCCACUUUACAACGGCAGAGAACGGAUCAAUGGAGGUUUCCCGUUCCCAGAGUGGAGCACCCCUGGCCCGUCCAUGGACUCCCCUGUGACACAAGUCUCUGAGAAGGACAACUCGUGGCUGUACACCCUGGAUCCUAUCCUGGUCACCAUCAUCGUCAUGUCUUCCCUGGGCGUGCUGCUGGGGGCGGUGUGUGGCGGCCUGCUGCUCUACUGCACCUGCUUCUACAGCGGCCUGUCGUCGCGGAGCUCCACCACACUGGAGAACUACAACUUCGAGCUGUACGACGGGAUCAAACACAAGGUGAAGAUCAACCAGCAACGCUGCUGCUCCGAGGCCUAGGGCUGUUUAAGGAGCUGGGAGGUCUUGUGCUUCAAGCCCUAAGGCUUUCCCAAUUCAAGGACCUGUGCUUAACUUAAAGCUUGACGAACAGAGAGACAGUGAUUCAGCGACACCUGCUAGACCCUUCCCCCCCUCUCGGGGGUCUCUUCUCUGCCUGCAGGAGAGGCCCUGAUCAAUCAAAGCUCGUGAAUGAACCACACUUACCUGCCAUGAUGCCACACGUACUGGCCACUGGACCACAGCAGUCUGGGCCUGGACCAAAACCCUUACUGUCAGUCUGGGGUUGGACCCUAAACCCUUACUGCAGCAGACUGGGACUGGACCCAAACCCGUCUGGGACCGGACCUCUCCAGAGCUGUCAUGUAGCCAGUGGACCAUUCAGUGGGUGCUGAACAAUAUCAAAACAUAUCAAUCUAAUGCCUAUCCCCCAAAAAAAAAAGAUGAAAAGAAAAUGAAUCUAGAUUUGUAAAGAGGAAAGAAGAAGACAUUUCGUUUGUUUUGUUGGUUAUGACGUUAGAAAAUGAGUGGAAUUAUUGCCAGGAAGGUUUUUUUUUAUGUGAUUCUAGCUUGUAAGACAGCUCUCGGCUUGCUCCGCCUGCCUGCAUUAUGUGAAAACAGUGGCAUAGAGUAUCGUGGACAGUUUUUUUUUAGUUCAGUUUAAUAAGAACCUGUGUCUUUAUUAUGAUCUGCUUCAGUUGUAUUGCUCUGUAGACAUCCUCCGUCUCAUUUUACCACUUCAGUGUGUCAAUAGUUUAACCUUUUUUUUUUUGUUUUUUUUGCCUUUCGCCUCAGUUCAGUUCAGUUUAGUUCAGUUCAUCUGUUAUGGCAUGUGAUGUUUCUGUUAUUCCAGACUGCUACCAGCCUUUAAAGGAAGACGAAGAGAAAGAAUGAAAAUAAAACUUUAUCUAACGUGACAUGAAACGUAUUGAUCGGUAAAAGUUACUUAAAGUUGGAAGAAGUAUUAGGAUUGUCUUUUGGUAUUUUUGCUUUUUUUUGUUUUGUUGCCUGUAUGAUGAUCUAUAACACAUGGUGUGAUGCGCUGUGUGAAACAUUAUGAUUGUUUUAUUGCAACCUAUGGAUUGCUGAGAGAGAGAGAGAGAGAGAGACAGAGCUAUAGUUCACAGAGAUCAGGAGUGUGAGAAGAGAAAGAACUCUCACCGAGAGAGAGAGAGAGAGAGAGAGAGAGAGAGAGAGAGAGAGAGAGAGAGAGAGAGAGAGAGCAGAGACAGAGA